UUCACAGCCCACAAUGAACUCCCUGGUUGUCAUCGCUGUUUGUGCUUUGGCCCUGUGCCUUCAGAGCGCCCAGGCUUUAACCUAUGGAGGUGGAGCAUGUACUUUUGCCACCAGUGGUGUAGCUGCCUGUACUGCUACUGCUAACGGAUUCUGCUCCGUUGAUACUGUCACAGUCACCGGAUCUCCUGUCACCGCCGUUGCUGUAACUGGAAAAUGUAUCUGCUACCCCAAUUUCAGUGGCACUGUGUGCGGAACUCAAACCGUUACUUCAACCUCUACUACCACUGCUAGUUCUAACAACGCCCUGGGAGUUCUCGCCCUCGGUGCCCUGGCUGCCGCCGCACUCUCUGGAUUCGGAUCUGGAUCUUCCUCAGGACUCGGCGGAAGCGGAGACCUCACCGGAACUGAUUUGUUAUAUCUCCAACAAGCCCAGCAGUUUCAGGGUUAA